GUGAUUCCUUGUGGAAUGGUCACUACAAGUGCCUUCGCCGCAUCCGUCGCGGUGGGAAGGGGAGCGAGAGGUCCAAGUGCUUGCAGACUCUCCAUGCAGGAACCUCGUGCACGAUCUAUUCCUCACCUUCGAGGAUCUCCCAUGGUGGAAGUUCAGACCCGCAGAUCCGUACUUCUCGGGUUGAGCAUUGCAGCUCUUGCGAUAGGAACCCUCGGGAGCGACCCUGCCAUGGCGGCCGAGGAGGAGGUGAAGGUUUACUUCGGCUGCGGCUGCUUCUGGCAUGUUCAACAUGAGUUUGUGGUAGCCGAAGAGAAGAUCCUUGGACGUCGAAACUCGCAGAUCACUUCCCUGACAGGGUAUGCCGGAGGCACCGAAGUUGGCAGGGACGGGAAAGUUUGCUACCACAACAUGUUUGGCGACUCUGACUAUGGCUCCCUCGGACAUUCUGAGGCAGUUGAGUUGUCCCUCCCGCCCAGCAAGUUCGCACAGUUCGCUCAGGUUUACAUGAACCUCUUCAUCAACGGGGAGCGCGCGGACCCUCAGGACCGGGGAGGAGAAUAUCGAUCCCUCGUUGGGAUCCCGGGAGGGAUGGACGGGCCUUUCGCUGAAUCUCUCAAGGCAGCAGCCAGCUCCAGGGGGUUGACCCUGGUUGCGGGGAAAGGCAACGAAGGGGACACACUAGGAAAGAAGCUUAUCUACGUGUAUGACUCAGUUCAGUUCCCGUUCCAUCCUGCGGAAGUCUACCACCAGUUCCAUGAUGACAUGGUCGACAAGUACUCGAGAGAGUACCAUGACCUCAAGAGGAUCGAGCUGCAGGAUGGGAGGUGGGUAGUAAGCCUUUCUGAUAUCUUGCUCUGUUAUGCUGUCUGUGGUGUUUGCGUUUCAAGUUCUCUUGUCGCCCCAUCUGAAAUCAUGCUCAGGCUCAAGCCCACUGGCUGCCCGGGAGAUUCUGCCUGA